AGCCCGUUUACGCGCAAGAGAGACAGCGAAAAAGUCGAAAGAUUCGGACUCUGAUAGGGAGAGGAAGCAUUCUCAGUUCAACGCCAAAAUAAAGGAAAGUGAGAAAAAAGAGCACAAGUCUGUGAGAGAGUACUACGACACUGACGACUGUAUCUACGUCAUGGAUGCCAAGAAUGGUGGCAAUAUUGGCCGAUAUAUGAAUCACUCCUGAAACCAAAUUGUUUGUGCAGAACGUAUUCAUGGACACUCAUGACCUGCGCUUCCCAUGGGUGGCUUUCUUCGCCUCCAGAUUCAUAGAGGCCGGUCAUGAGCUGACCUGGGACUACAACUACGAUGUGGGCAGUGUCCCUGGCAAGGUGCUCUAUUGCUACUGUGGGGAGACCAACUGCAGGAGACGUCUGCUAUAAAUUGGGGGGCUUUAUGUGAUGGUGCACUGGGAUUUUCCUUCAUUUCACUAGUAAAAGCUUGAAUUCAGAUGGACUUUUACCAAAUUCAACUAAUAAAAGGUUGACUUUUCCCAAGUGAAUUUCAUGAAUUAAGGGGUUUUUAUCACAACUAUGUUAAUUUUUGUCAAAACUAAUUACAAUUUUGUCAAAAAUAGUGUAGGUAAAUUUAAAUUAGUCUAGUUUUUCAAGCCCGGGUAAUUUUUAUGAAACAUUGAAGCAUUUUCUUAAUUUUGUCAAAAUUGAGAUUAUUUUGUCAAAAUCAAGUAGAGCCUAACUUGAUAAAAAAUGUUG